AUGCUCGCGCUGUUUUCCCUUCUGCUCGCCGGCGUGCGCGCGCGAGCGCUCGCGGACGGCUUUGAGGAGAAGCUGGAGUACAAGCAGUUCAGACUGCAGCUGAGGGAGAUCGCCACGCCCCAGUCGCAGGCGAACAAUGGCACCAACUUCGGCGACAUCCAAUGGUUCAACAACGAGGUUCAGGACUUUAACACCGGAGAGCGCCUGGGGUUCGACCAGGGGAUCGCCACCUAUACCCAGAGUCUCAACCCCAAGACAGGCAGCUAUAAGCUGGAGACCGAGUUCUCCUUCAUCUUAAAGAAGGGCUCCUUUACCGUCACUGGCCUCUACGAGAACACGCCGACCGAUCUGGCCGUCGUGGGCGGCACCGGCAUCUACACGGGCGCAACCGGCGUCGCACGUCAGAGCACCCUGACCGACAACGGCAAUGGUUUCGCCACAUACGGCUACAACGUCGAGUUCUUUGCACUCCCCGGGAUCCGUCUAGAGGCGCUCAAGGCCAAGCACUAG